GGUGUACGACGCCGUGGGGGCCCUCCAGCGCCCCGAGGUCUCCUACCAAAACACGCUGCGCGCCCUGGCAGCCGCCGAGCUGGACUACACAGUGCAGCGGAAUAUGCUGGAUUUCCCGCAACACGUCUCCCCCAACCGGGAGAUCCGCACGGCCAGCACCGAGGCGGACAAGCAGCUCUCGGAGUUUGACGUGGAGACCAGCAUGCGGCAGGACGUCUACCAGCGCAUCACCUGGCUGCAGGAGAAGCUGGACGGCGCUUCCCUGAAGCCGGAAGCCAAGCGCUACUUGGAGAGGCUGGUCAAGCUGGGCCAACGGAGCGGCCUCCACCUGGCCGGGGAGGUGCAGGAGAAAAUCAAGGAGAUUAAGAAGAAGCUGAGUGUUCUCUGCAUCGACUUCAGCAAAAACCUCAACGAAGACGCCACUUUCCUGGCUUUUACCCGGGAGGAGCUGGGUGAGGCUGCGGCGAGAGGCCUGGCGGCCAUGCCUCUCACCUCCUGCAGCCGCCUCUGCAUGUACUGGGUGAAGAAGAGAAGGAUGCGCCUCUUUGGGGCCAAGCAGGGUGGCACCUCUCGCCACCCAAAGGACACGGCCGCCUCCACCUCACUGCAGUAG